CGCAGCACUUUGGUCGCAUUUAGACAGCGCUAUUUUCGUAGCAACACUGAGAAACCAGACGCGGCAACCCAACUUGCGAAACCACUUGCUGACGCAAGCGCGGGCCCUCAACACUGGAAGCAUUUCCUACUGGACGCGCCUCCUCCGUCUUCCUGACAACUACCUUGAUUGAUUGCGCCUCACUAUACUCAAAAUGCAGAGCCUGCGUGGCCAGUGCAUUUCAGCGCAGCCCCACAGGGCGCGACCCAAAUGCUCGAGCGUCACUUCCAAGCCCACUGUACUUGUGCAGCGGUUGUUGCAUGCCUCGCCGCGGCGGCCUGUGGGCUGCCGAUCGCUCUCGCUUGAUGCCGAGGACCUUGACACCCCCAUCGCCGACCUGGAGCAGGCGUUGAAGCGCGCGGUCACCAAGGAGGACUUCAAGUCCGCGGCCCGUCUACGCGACGCAAUUCAGCAGAAGCAGUCCAUCAGCAAGCUGGCGGUGGAGGACGCCAACCGCCGCUUCUACGACGCGUUCAUGUCCGGCCGCGUGGAGGAGAUGGACAAGAUCGUGGGCCUGGGGGAGCACGUGCAGGUGGUGCACCCCGGCUCGGCCACCAUCGCGGGGCGGGCCCAGGUGAUGGACAGCUGGCGCGCCAUCAUGCGGAAUGUGCGGCCGGGCGCCUUCAAGGUGGUGCUGGAGGAUGUGCGUGUGUACGCCCGUGAGGACUUUGGCUACGUCACGUGUGUGGAGAUCAUCGACGCAGACGACUCGGCGGGGCGGUUGCGAUGGCUAGGCUGUCGGACGGCUGGCGGGCUGGCGCGGAGCGGAGCUGCGGGGCGCGCGGCAUCCGAAACCAACCUGGAAAACACCAGCGCCACCGUCGUCCAGCAGCACAUGUGAGGGAGGGAGUGAGUGGAAGCGUAAGAAACCGGGAAAGAAGCAGCGGGCCAGACAGGAAGCGUGCCCAUUGCUACCCCAUGUUGGCAGGGCUUGGUUGGGCUGAGCGGAUUGGGGCGGGGUGGGGCGGAGCGCGGCACGCUGCAGGAAUACGAUACGCUGCCAUGUCAGCGGGCGUUGGGGGCCGCUGAUGUCAGUGUGGUUCAUGGC